AUGGAUAAUCUCACCGAAGUCCAGGCAGCGACACUGCAACGAUUCCUUGAGGCUUGGAAAAAGUGGGAUGCCCAGGAAUGGAUGGCCACUUUCGCCGACGACUUCACUCAGGUCACGCUUCCAUUUAGCCUGGGUAUUCCCAAUAGGACGCGGGCACAGGUUGAGGAAAUACUACCUGCCCUCAUGGCUAUAGUCAAGUCAUACGAACUCACAAUCCACCAUGUCAUCCAUGACGCCGAGAAAAACAAGGCUGCAGUAUACGCAUCGUCUAAGGGAAUCCUUCCAUGGGGCCUUUGGGAGGUGGAGUACUCGACUUACAUAACUUUUUCUGAAGCAGGAGAUAAAGUUUCAGUGUUAGAGGAAAUGAUUGACCCUACGUUUAUGCGAGACUUCGGGCCCAAGUUCAAACAGUAUUUACAAGAUAAUGGUGGACCAGUCGCAGUGGCAGCAACUGGAUAG